AUGUGUGGACAUGAAUGUGUUUCAAUUGGAUCAGAUUUAAGGCUAGGAGUCAAUAGAUUUACCACAAUUGGCAAUGAUUUCCCCAAGGUAUUCAAAAUCAAUAACAAAUGCUUUUUUGGUUCAUCCGGUCUGGCAACAGAUAUACAAUCAAUAUUAAAAGAGUUAAAGUUUAAGAUCAAGAUUUUUGAACUGGAACAGGAAAGGGAUAUUGGAAUACAAUCAUUAGGGCAUGUAGUUGCUAAUAUGCUUUACAGUAGAAGAUUUGGGCCAUGGUUUAUAAGUCCAAUAGUAGCAGGGUUGGAUGAUAAAAAUAGACCAUUUAUUAGUUCAUACGACCUCAUAGGUGCUCCAUCAGAUUCAGAUGAUUUUGUGGUCUCGGGUAGUUGUUCAGAUCAAUUGUUCGGUAUAUGUGAAUCACUUCAUCACUCCGGGAUGAACGAAGAUGAGCUAUUUGAAACAACAUCCCAAUGCUUACUUGCGGGAUUAGACAGGGAUUGCCUAUCUGGUUGGGGCGCUGUUGUACAUGUGAUCACGCCCAAGAAGAUCAUCACUAAGACCAUCCAAACUAGGAUGGACUGA